AUGGAACAAGAAACCAACGUGCGCAUCGUGACAGACCUGGGCAAGUCACUGGUCUUCAUCGGAUCGCACACCAAGGAUUGCAUCCACAAGGCCAAGGGAAAGCUGGACGUCCUGCUGGCCAGUAAAAACAUGGCCCUCCUCUCUUUUCGAAAUGACCAUGUCCUUUUUACUGACAACUACGUCGAUGAGAAACUCCGUCCAGGUUUCAUGGUUGAUCUCCGAUACAUGACCAAUAUUCACCCAAGACUUACCUCGUCGACAUUGCUCGAUCCAGCGACUGUCAGAAGGCUGGACGGGGCUUAUUCGCGCAUGUAUGAACAAGGAGUUUCUCUGCGGCUAUGCCCCUACAGUCACAAGAAAAAGUGGCAUGUCUCCCUUCUUGGCCCUCACAUUCCGGAGCCAAAGACACAGCAGAGAUACGUUUUGAGCAGCCGUCCGACCAUGCUUGAGAAGGACUCAGAUGAGCGCCCUAUUACAGCGCCGGUGUCACAAGUACAAGCGAGAGCCACAACUACUGAGAGCCGGGUGGUUAGCUGGAUGGAAGGUCUCUCGAUAGCGCCCAGCUCUGAGCUUCGCAACAAUGAUCUCUCAGCUGAGCCCUGUGUGCACCCAUUCGACCUUGAGCAAGAUAUUUUGGGUCCUCUAGUCGACGUUCCUGCGAUAUCCACUACCGCCAGUGCAACGGAACUCAUAGAUAUGGACAGUCCUAGUGGUCUCGAUGAGGCGGCUCUGAAUACACCUGUUCGUCCGCCUCAGGAUAUUGUGGAAGUCCCAGCUCCACCGCUUAUUACCGUCGCUCCUAGUGGUGAAAGUGGCCAUUCUCAGCAUUCUGGGUCGACUACAAGCUCCUUGAUGGAAUUCAGCGAUGAUGAUGUACCUACCCCGACACCUUUUAAAUAUCACGAUGACUUCAGCACCAAACGCUUCCACGCCAUGAAACAGCAGUCUGGUCACACUGCCAAGAAGGCAACCCCUGCGCCAUCUGUCGUUUCGAAACCUGCGUCGAAGGCAACGCAGAAGACCUCAAACGCGGUGGGCAUGGCAGCUCCAAGCUGGACAUACGGCACUGUGCCUUUUGACGAGAAGCUCAACAUGGCUAUCGCAAAGCUCCUUCACAAGGCGCCUUACCGACGAGGCUGGGUUGAAGUGCGGGUAGAGUUUGGUCGUAUCCUUCUGGGAGACUGUGAUGAGAGCGCUCUGUCGUUCAAUUCUGGACAGUCUGCUGCCGACGGCUGGGAUAACCAAGUUGUUGUGUAUAUGUUGGAACAAGCCUCCCGGAAACUCGACACGGACAAGAGGCGCAAGGAUCUUCGAUUCACCAAAAUCCUCACCACCCAUGGAUGCGAUGCUGAGGCGCUUCUCAACAUGUGGAAUGAUGGCAAGCAGAUUUGGAAUCCGGAGCAGCGCAAGGUUGACAUCACAUACGUUAUUCAUUGCGAGAUGAAGCGCAAAGGGGAAGAAGAGUCGUAUCGAUUUGCUAUUGAGGCACGCCAGAACGAUACCGACUGUUCUGUGAUGGUCAAGCCUUUCCACCCUAUACAUGAUGGCGAUGGAAUUGCGCCCGUUUAUGUCCAUGGCUUGAGGCACAACUGGGAUAUGCGGGUCAUGUUAUCACAUGUUGACCAUGAUGAGGUCGACAAGCGUGUCAGCCGCUUCGCCAUGGUUGUUUUUAACAGUCUUCAGAUUCGCAGGGAUAACAACGGCCCAAACCUCACCUUCUGCGUUCCCAACUACUCGGCGACUGUCACAGCUGUUAGAGCUCUCACCCGAUGGUACUACCCGAGUAUUGACAGACAAAACGAGCUUCAGAUUACCGAGGUUGAGCAGCUUGACAUGGAUACGAUCGAGGAUAUCCCCAACGCCGCUCCAGGAGAGAAAACCAAGAGGAUUCAUGCCCACCCACGCCUUCCAAAAGCCUGUCAAAUCAAGCAGCGCCAGGGUGACUUUGAGCGCUGGUACGAGGCCGCAGUGCUCUCGACCCAACUACAAGAAUCUUGUCAGAUGAACUCUGGGCUCAAACUUGGAGAUGCGGCCGCGUGGAGUCCAGAGGAGAUGUAUCGAUAUGGUGGUUUUACCACCCUGUAUGGUCCUGCUAUUGCCAUGCUCAAACAAAUGGACAAGAUUGGUCAAAAUGAAGACAACAAUCUCUCAGGGGUGUUUGGAGACCUGCUGAAGCGGGCGAACGACCCCCCGCCUGGUGUUCCUGGGUCUUCUGGGCCUUCCAAUCAGCACUUGCGACCGUACCCCCACAGCCGUGGUAGCAACACUGGUUUUUUAUCUCGAGACGUGCGGUCUGCUUCGACCAAUGCGGCCUCGAGAACAACGACUGUGAGGAGCGAGAAGGGAGAGGCGGGUGAGAUAUGGUGA